AUGUGUAUGGCAUGGCAUCACUUACCUUUCUUUUUCCGGUCUGCUUAUUUCUAUCUCUUCUGUUCCGUACCUUGGGUCAAUCUCUGCCUCUCUCUCGACUCAUUAUACGCGGCUUACCUGAUCUCCAUGUUGAGGUGUUACUCCGUACUGGUGGUUGCGAUGCGCAUCUCGGGAAAUGGAAAUGGGAUACAAUCAAGCCUCCAGUUGAGGUACGAGAUGCCCUGGUCUAGCAAGAAGAUAAGAUACUUUAGUUUCCCCUACUUUCAGCAGCACGAGCGAGUGCCUCAAUGCUUGCGAUGA